AGGGAGUUGAAUGGAAAUAGUAGUAUUUGAGUUGGAGCAUGAGUUGAGCAUCCGGAUACACAAUCAACACGCGCCCGCGCAGUGUUUGAGACAGGAAAAAAGUAACGGAAGAAAGCAAACCCCCGAAAUCAAAUCAAAUGGUUCCUUCCGAUUCCGACAAGCAAAGCUCGAUCUGAGUCAACAACAACAGCUUACACACUAUCGAUAGUAGCAAGCACAGCAGUACAAGUAUGAAUAGCAGUGGUGGCAGUAACGGCGGCGGCGGAGGAGGGAUGAUGAUGGGUUUCAGUAAAUCAUCACCUUUUACAGUUUCUCAGUGGCAGGAACUCGAACAUCAAGCUUUGAUCUUUAAGUAUAUGGUUGCUGGUCUUCCUGUUCCACCUGACCUCGUUCUUCCCUUUCACUCUCACAACUUCUUUCACCAUUCAAUUCCUACCCUGAGUUAUUGUUCCUUCUAUGGAAAGAAGGUGGACCCGGAGCCAGGACGAUGUAGGAGGACCGAUGGAAAAAAAUGGAGAUGCUCUAAGGAAGCAUACCCGGACUCCAAAUACUGUGAGCGCCACAUGCACCGUGGCCGCAACCGUUCAAGAAAGCCUGUGGAAUCACAAACAAUGCCAUCAUCAUCAUCAUCAUCCACUCUUGUCGCUGCUCCCACCACUACACCUCCAAACUUCCACAACCUUCCCUCAACAAAUGCCUUUGCUACUCAAGAUUAUCAUCUCGAUACCAUUCCCUAUGGGAUUCCAAGUAAACAAUACAGGUAUCUUCAAGGUCUUAAGUCUGAGGGUGGAGAACAUAGCUGCUUUGCAGAAGCUUCAGGAGGCGGCAACAAAGGUCUCCAAAUGGAGUCUCAGCUAGAAAGCACAUGGCCUUUGAUGUCAACCAGAGUUUCCUCUUUUUCUGCAUCAAAAUCAAGUAAUAAUUCCAUGUUGCAGAGUGAUUAUCCCCAGCAUUCAUUUUUAUCAACUGAGUAUGGAUCUGGAGAAGCUGUGAAGGAAGAGGGCCAGCCUCUUCGAUCCUUUUUCAACGAAUGGCCUAAGAGCAGGGAAUCAUGGUCUGGUUUGGAAGAUGAAAGAUCCAACCAAAUAGCCUUCUCCACUACUCAACUCUCAAUAUCCAUUCCCAUGUCAUCUUCUGACUUCUCUGCCACAAGCUCUCAGUCGCCACACGAUAACUAGAGCAGUCGAUCAGGAUCUUCACUGAAAUUUUAUGGAAGGACAAAACAUGUCUAGUCGGAUAAGUGUUGUCCCUGUAUUUGUGUAUUUUCUUUUGUUGAAGCUGAUUUGUGUACAACUUUAUGUAACCUCGGCGUUUUGUUGUAAGAAAGACCAACAUCUACCUGUCUUGUGGAAGGAGCGGAUACUUAUAGAACUCCGAGAGAAUCUUUGUUUUGUAUGUAAUGGACAAGCAUAAAGAUUUUUCGUUCUGAAUUAAUGUAUGCUGAAUAAAGUUGCUGCUGUUCUUGAAUA